AUGAGCGAUCCAGCUCCCUACAGUGGCGCCACCACCCCAGCCGGUCCCACGGCCGCACACACUCCGCGAGCAACCAGCUCGGGCCACGACGACCACUCCUCUGUCGACAUGUAUUCCCACAACUCUAGCCCAAAAGAUGGCCACGUCGAUGUCGAGCGUGCAAAAGCCGAGUUCAGCAUGCUCCAGACCUCCCUCAGUCGACAAUCUGAGGCCACGCGUCAUAACAGCAAGUCCUCCCCUCAAGACCUCGAAGCCGGCAAAACCGCCAGCGAGCACACCGACGACGAUGAUAGCUUCGACCUGGUUGAGUACCUUCGUUCCACCCAGUCCCAAAAGUCCCAGGCCGGCAUCAAGUCCAAGCACAUCGGCGUCUCCUGGACCAACCUCGAAGUCAUCGGAAACGACUCCAUGUCCCUUAACAUUCGAACCUUCCCGGACGCCAUCACUGGAACCUUCCUCGGCCCCAUCUUCAAGAUCAUGGCCCUCAUGAACAAGAACCGCGGCCGAAAGCUUCUCCAGAACUUCACCGGUGUCGCAAAGCCCGGCGAGAUGGUCCUCGUCGUCGGUCGUCCCGGCUCCGGUUGUUCCACGUUCCUCAAGACCAUCGCAAAUCAGCGCUCCGGCUACAUCGCCGUCAACGGUGAUGUCAAGUACGGCGGCAUCAGCGCCGACGAGUUUGCCAAAAAGUAUCAGGGUGAAGCCGUCUACAAUGAGGAGGACGAUGUGCACUUCCCCACCCUCACUGUCAAGCAGACGCUCGAAUUUGCCCUCAGCCUCAAGAGCCCCGGUCAGCGCCUCCCUGAACAGACCAUCAAGUCGCUCAACCAAGAGGUGCUCGACACGUUCCUCAGAAUGCUCGGAAUCCCGCACACCGCCGACACCUUGGUCGGCUCGGCCGUCGUACGUGGUGUGUCGGGUGGUGAGCGCAAGCGUGUCAGCAUCGCAGAGUGCAUGGCCUCCAGAGCCGCCGUGCUUAGUUGGGAUAACUCGACACGUGGUCUUGAUGCUUCCACCGCGCUCGACUACGCCAAGUGCAUGCGAGUCUUUACCGACAUUGUCGGCCUCACCACCUUUAUCACCCUCUACCAGCCCGGUGAAGGUAUCUGGGAGCAGUUUGACAAGGUCAUGGUCAUUGACGAGGGACGCUGCGUCUACUACGGUCCUCGCGACAAGGCUCGUCAGUACUUCCUCGACCUCGGCUUCAAGGACUACCCUCGUCAGACUUCGGCCGAUUUUUGCUCCGGUUGCACCGACCCCAACCUCGACCGCUUCGCCGAGGGUCAGGACGAGACCACGGUUCCCUCGACUUCCGAGCGCCUCGAGCAAGUCUACCUCAAGUCCCAAUUCUACCAAGACAUGGUCCGCGAAAAGGAAGAGUACGACGCUCAAAUUGCUGCCGACCGAUCCGCCGAGCAAGAGUUCCGUGACGCCGUCCUCGAAGACAAGCACAAGGGCGUUCGCCACAAGAGCAUCUACACGGUCAGCUUCUUGCGCCAGGUUCAGGUCCUCACCGUCCGUCAGAUGCAGAUGAUCCUUGGAAACAAGUUUGAUAUCUUUGUCUCCUUCUCCACCACCAUUGCCAUCGCCCUCAUUGUCGGAGGUAUUUUCCUCAACCUGCCUGAGACGGCUGCCGGCGCUUUCACCCGUGGCGGUGUCCUUUUCAUCGGCCUCUUGUUCAACGCUCUCACCGCCUUCAACGAGCUCCCCACCCAGAUGGGUGGCCGCCCGGUCUUGUUCAAGCAGAUGAACUACGCCUUCUACCGUCCUGCAGCUCUCAGCUUGGCCCAGAUGUUCGCCGAUAUUCCGCUCUCGAUCAGCCGUAUCAUCUUGUUCUCCAUCAUCCUCUACUUUAUGGCGGGUCUCCAACGCACCGCCGGCGCCUUCUUUACCUUCUUCAUCUUCGUCUACUUUGGCUACCUCGCCAUGUCCGCCCUUUUCCGCCUCUUUGGUACCGUCUGCAAGUCGUACGACGUCGCUGCCCGUCUCGCCGCCGUUAUCAUCUCGGCUCUUGUCGUUUUUGCGGGCUACGUGAUCCCCCGUGACGCCAUGUACCGCUGGCUCUUCUGGAUCUCGUACAUGAACCCACUCUACUUUGCCUUUUCGGGCGUCAUGAUGAACGAGUUCAAGGACCUCGAGCUCGCCUGCGUAGGACAGUACAUUGUUCCGCGCAACCCAACGGGCUCCAACCAGUAUCCCAACGACGUCGGCGAGAACCAGGUCUGCACCCUGGCAGGUGCUCGCUCCGGCAACCAGCUGGUCGCCGGUAACGACUACCUUCGCGCCAGCUUUGGCUACGAUUCGGGCGACCUCUGGCUCUACUUUGGUGUCGUUGUCAUCUUCUUUGUCGGUCUUGUCGGCUGCACCAUGCUGGCUAUCGAGUUCUUCCAGCACGGUCAGUUCUCGAGCGCACUCACCGUUGUCAAGAAGCCCAGCAAGGAGGAGAUGGAGCUCAACAAACGCCUCAAGGAGCGAAUGUCGAUGAAGGAGAAGGACUCGAGCCAGCAGCUCGAUGUCGAAUCCAAGCCUUUUACCUGGGAAAAGCUUUGCUACGAGGUUCCCGUCAAGGGGGGCAAGCGUCAGCUGCUCGACGAGGUCUAUGGUUACUGCCGUCCCGGAACGCUGACUGCUCUCAUGGGCGCUUCGGGCGCCGGUAAGACGACGCUACUAGACGUGCUUGCCGACCGCAAGUCUAUCGGUGUCAUCUCGGGCGAUAGGCUGAUCGACGGUAAGAAGAUCGGCAUCGAAUUCCAGCGAGGCUGUGGUUACGCCGAACAGCAGGACAUCCACGAAGGCACCGCCACCGUCCGCGAGGCUCUCCGCUUCAGUGCCUAUCUUCGUCAGCCGCCCAGCGUGCCCAAGUCGGACAAGGAUGCUUAUGUCGAGGACAUUAUCGAGUUGCUCGAGAUGCAAGACAUUGCCGACGCUAUGAUCGGUAUCCCCGAGUUCGGUCUUGGUAUUGGCGACCGCAAGCGUGUCACGAUCGGUGUCGAGCUGGCUGCUCGACCGGAUCUGCUCCUCUUCCUCGACGAACCCACUUCCGGAUUGGACGGUCAGACUGCCUACAACGUCGUCCGCUUCCUCAAGAAGCUGGCUGCUUCCGGCCAGGCCAUUCUCUGCACCAUCCACCAGCCCAAUGCCUUGCUGUUUGAGCAAUUCGACCGUCUGCUCCUCCUCGAGCGAGGCGGAAAGACGGUCUACUUUGGCGACGUGGGUCCCAAUGCCGAGCACAUUGUCAAGUACUUUGCCGACCGAGGUGCCAAGUGUCCUGACAAGGUUAACAUGGCCGAGUACAUGCUGGACGCCAUUGGAGCUGGUUCGCAGAAGCGUGUCGGAAACAAGCCUUGGUCGCAGCUCUACAAGGAGUCCGACCUGUUCAAGCAGAACCUGGCCGAAAUCGAGAAGAUCAAGCAGGAGAGCGGCAGCUCUUCGCCCGAGGGGUCUCAACAGGCCAAGAAGACCGAGUAUGCCACGUCGUUCCCCUUCCAGGUCAAGACGGUUCUGCAUCGUGCUCUCCUCAGCACGUGGAGGCAACCAGACUACCAGUUCACACGUCUCUUCCAGCAUGCUGCCAUCGCUCUGAUCACCGGCCUCUGCUUCUUGAACUUGUCCAACUCGGUGGCAUCGCUUCAGUACCGCAUCUUCGGUAUCUUUAUGGCCACCGUUCUGCCUGCCAUUAUCCUGGCUCAGAUCGAGCCUUUCUUCAUCAUGUCCCGUUCGGUCUUUAUCCGCGAAGACUCGAGCAAGAUGUACAGUGGCACCGUGUUUGCGAUCACGCAGCUGAUCCAGGAGAUACCCUUUGGCAUUGUCUCGGUUGUGGUCUACUUCCUACUCUUCUACUAUCCCUCUGGCUUCCAGGGCGGGUCUGACCGGGCUGGUUACUUCUUUGCCAUGCUGUUGGUUACCGAGCUGUUCGCGGUGACACUCGGCCAGGCACUUGCUGCCAUCUCGCCGUCGAUCUACAUUGCGUCGCUGUUCAACCCGUUCAUGAUCGUCAUCAUGUCUCUGCUCUGCGGUGUCACGAUCCCUUACCCGAACAUGCCACACUUCUUCAAGUCGUGGCUGUACUGGGUCAACCCGUUGACGUACCUCGUCUCAGGCCUGGUGACCAACGAGAUGCACAACCUUCCUGUCCGAUGCUCGCCGCAAGAGUUUGCCGUCUUCCAGCCGCCCACCGGCGAGACGUGCAGGGCGUGGGCCGCCACGUUCGUCAAUGCCUUCGGAGGCUACCUGCAGAACCCAGAUGCGACCGCCGACUGCCAUUACUGCCAGUACACGGACGGAGACCAGUUCUACUCCACGUUCAACAUGAAGUUCUCGCAACGCGGCAGGAACAUCGGCAUCAUGAUCGCCUAUGUCGCGUUCAACGCCAUCGUCACCAUCCUUGCCUCCCGCUUCAUCAAGUACGCCAACCGUUGA